CAUACAUUUGUUCAAAACACCGUCAUACAUUUGUUCAAAACAUCGUCAUACAUUUGUUCAAAACAUCGUCAUACAUUUGUUCAAAACAUCGUGAUACAUUUGUUCAAAACAUCGUCAUACAUUUCUUCAAAACACUGUCAUACAUUUGUUCAAAACACCGUCAUACAUUUGUUCAAAACACCGUCAUACAUUUGUUCAAAACACCGUCAUACAGUUGUUCAAAACACCGUCAUACAUUUGUUCAAAACACUGUCAUACAUUUGUUCAAAACACCGUCAUACAUUUGUUCAAAACAUCGUCAUACAUUUGUUCAAAACAUCGUCAUACAUUUGUUCAAAACAUCAUCAU